UGAGAUCCGUCAGGGGAGGCACCCGGCUCACUUUUCCACAUCACUUCACAGUUACAUUUGGCAGGCAGGCGGGCUCGCACGCUGGAGCGCUCAGCCCACAAUUAGUGGAUUUAUUCGGAAUCUCCUUGCUUCCUCGAAUCUCCUCCGCGGUCGCCGGUCUGUGCACAGACGGUCCCGCGCACGCACCCGCUCGCUGCACUUCGGGCUGCGGACAGCCGGAGCCCAGCGCGCCCGACCCGCGUCCCCACACCGAGCCCCGCAGCUCCGAGAGGCAUGAACGGAAUCCGGAGGCGUCUGCCCAGCGCGCGGGAACCGCUCGGUGCUCGCCGCUCUCGGGAGUCGACCCCGAGCCCCUGCAGCCGUUUGUGAGCCAGGAGGCUUGGCAUUCGCCAGCGCGGAGACCCUCGAGAGCAGUUUCAAGGAAGAGGAACGCCAAUGGAUGGUCGUCUUAGAAGAGCGGCUUAGACGAUGUCUGUUUCCUGUGCUAUAAACACGUGGCAGAGCUGUAAGUAAAUGGUCCACACUGCAUGAUGAAUUGGAUGGCUGCAGACCGGAGGCAAAAAAAGUAAUUGUCUCAUUUUCGUGGUGAUUUGCUUAACUGGUGGGACCAUGCCAGAACGGCUAGCGGAAAUGCUCUUGGAUCUCUGGACUCCACUAAUAAUAUUAUGGAUUACUCUUCCCCCUUGCAUUUACAUGGCUCCGAUGAAUCAGUCUCAAGUUUUAAUGGGUGGAUCCCCUUUGGAACUAAACAGGCUGACUGAAGAACAGCGGAUUUUGAACCGCUCCAAGAGAGGCUGGGUUUGGAAUCAAAUGUUUGUCCUGGAAGAGUUUUCUGGACCUGAACCGAUUCUCGUUGGCCGGUUGCACACAGACCUGGAUCCUGGGAGCAAAAAAAUCAAGUAUAUCUUAUCGGGUGAUGGAGCUGGGACAAUAUUUCAAAUAAAUGAUAUAACAGGAGAUAUCCAUGCUAUAAAAAGACUUGACCGGGAGGAAAAGGCUGAGUAUACUCUAACAGCACAGGCAGUGGACUGGGAGACGAACAAGCCUCUGGAGCCUCCUUCUGAAUUUAUUAUUAAAGUUCAAGACAUCAACGACAAUGCGCCAGAGUUUCUUAAUGGACCUUAUCAUGCUACAGUGCCAGAGAUGUCCAUUUUGGGUACGUCUGUCACUAAUGUAACAGCUACUGAUGCUGAUGACCCAGUUUAUGGAAACAGUGCAAAGUUGGUUUAUAGUAUCUUGGAAGGGCAGCCUUAUUUUUCCAUUGAGCCUGAGACAGCAAUUAUAAAAACUGCCCUUCCCAACAUGGACAGAGAAGCCAAGGAGGAAUACCUGGUUGUUAUCCAAGCCAAAGAUAUGGGUGGGCACUCCGGUGGCCUAUCUGGAACCACGACACUUACGGUGACCCUUACUGAUGUUAAUGACAAUCCUCCAAAAUUUGCCCAAAGUCUGUAUCACUUCUCAGUACCAGAAGAUGUGGUUCUUGGCACUGCCAUAGGGAGGGUGAAGGCCAAUGAUCAGGAUAUUGGUGAAAAUGCGCAGUCGUCCUAUGACAUCAUCGAUGGAGACGGAACAGCACUCUUUGAAAUCACUUCUGAUGCCCAGGCCCAGGAUGGCAUUAUAAGACUAAGAAAGCCUCUGGACUUUGAGACCAAAAAAUCCUAUACUCUGAAGGUAGAGGCAGCCAAUGUCCAUAUUGACCCACGUUUCAGCGGCAGGGGGCCCUUUAAAGACACGGCAACAGUCAAAAUCGUUGUUGAGGAUGCUGACGAACCUCCUGUCUUCUCUUCGCCUACGUACCUCCUUGAAGUUCAUGAAAAUGCUGCUCUGAACUCCGUGAUUGGCCAAGUGACUGCUCGUGACCCCGAUAUCACCGCCAGUCCUAUCAGGUUUUCCAUCGACCGGCACACUGACCUGGAGAGACAAUUCAACAUUAAUGCAGAUGAUGGAAAGAUAACGCUGGCCACACCACUUGACAGAGAAUUAAGCGUAUGGCACAACAUAACAAUCAUUGCUACCGAAAUUAGGAACCACAGUCAGAUAUCACGAGUGCCUGUGGCUAUUAAAGUGCUGGAUGUCAAUGACAACGCCCCUGAAUUCGCAUCCGAAUAUGAGGCAUUUUUAUGUGAAAAUGGAAAACCCGGCCAAGUCAUUCAAACAGUGAGUGCCAUGGACAAAGAUGAUCCCAAAAAUGGACAUUAUUUCUUAUACAGUCUUCUUCCAGAAAUGGUCAACAAUCCGAAUUUUACCAUCAAGAAAAAUGAAGAUAAUUCCCUCAGCAUUUUGGCAAAGCAUAAUGGAUUCAACCGCCAGAAGCAAGAAGUCUAUCUCUUGCCAAUCAUAAUCAGUGAUAGCGGGAAUCCCCCUCUGAGUAGCACCAGCACCCUGACCAUCCGGGUCUGUGGCUGCAGCAGUGACGGUGUUGUCCAGUCUUGCAAUGUCGAAGCUUAUGUCCUUCCGAUUGGACUCAGUAUGGGCGCCUUAAUUGCCAUAUUAGCGUGCAUCAUUUUGCUGCUAGUCAUCGUGGUGCUGUUUGUAACUCUGCGGCGACAUAAAAACGAGCCCUUAAUUAUUAAAGAUGAUGAAGACGUACGAGAGAACAUCAUCCGCUAUGACGAUGAAGGAGGAGGGGAGGAAGACACGGAGGCUUUUGAUAUUGCGACUCUACAAAACCCAGAUGGAAUUAAUGGAUUUUUGCCCCGUAAGGAUAUUAAACCAGAUUUGCAGUUUAUGCCAAGGCAAGGGCUUGCUCCUGUUCCCAACGGUGUUGAUGUCGAUGAAUUUAUAAAUGUGCGUCUACAUGAGGCAGAUAAUGACCCCACUGCCCCGCCAUAUGACUCCAUUCAGAUUUAUGGUUAUGAAGGCCGAGGGUCUGUGGCUGGCUCCCUCAGCUCCUUGGAGUCCACCACCUCAGACUCAGACCAGAAUUUUGACUACCUCAGUGACUGGGGUCCCCGCUUUAAGAGACUGGGAGAACUCUACUCUGUUGGUGAAAGUGACAAAGAAACUUGACAGUGGAUUAUAAAUGAAUCAGUGGAACUGAGCAUUCUGUAAUAUUCUAGGGUCACACCCCUUAGAUACAACCAAUGUGGCUAUUUGUUUUAGAGGCAAGUUUAGCACCAAUCAUCUAUAAACUCAACUACAUUUCAAUGUUGAACCAAAAAUUAAUAAUAAAAAUAAAAAGUAUAUGUUAGGAGGUUAUAAAUCUUGUGGAGUGUGAAUUAAAGUAUGUGGAGUGUCUAGAAGUCUUUGGAUAUUUGAUAUGUACCUAACCACCACAGACAAAGAUUGGGAUCCUGGCUAAUCCUUAGAGAGAUGGUUUUU